AUGGAGAGCGCCUGUUGUUUUUGGGAAGGAAUUGAAUGCAACGAGACCACAGCUCAUGUAACUAAGCUUUCCCUUGACUCUACAAGGAACCGGCGUUUAGGAGAUUGGUAUUUCAAUGCCUCUUUGUUUCUUCCCUUUAAAGAGCUCCGGAAGCUUGACUUAUCUAAUAACCAGCUUGUUGAUUGGGCCGCAAACGAAGGUUUUGAAAGAUUAUCUGGGUUGAACAAGCUGGAGGUCCUUCUGUUGGAUGAGAAUGGCUACAAUAACAGCAUCCUAUCAUCUCUUGGAGUGCUUUCACCACUUAAGAGACUAGCUAUAAGCUGGAACAACUUGAAUGGAUCUAUUCACCUACAAG